GCACGCUUGUAUAACCUAACUUAUUAAUACUAAUGCGUACAACAGUAAAGAAGUUAAGUUUAAAUUUUCUUCGUUCUUUCAUCUUAUUUAUUGGAAUAUUUUUAUCAUGGAUGAAGCAAAACAUGAUACUGAAGAAACUUCUACAAUUUGUGUGAUUGUUCUGGGGAUGGCUGGUUCUGGCAAAACUUCACUAGUUACUAAAAUGUUGGGCUCAACUCAAAACCAAUAUGCUGUGAAUUUGGACCCAGCAUGUGCUAAUUUACCAUUUUUUGCCAAUAUAGACAUUCGAGAUACAGUCAAAUACAAGGAAGUAAUGAAACAAUACAAGUUGGGUCCCAAUGGUGCAAUUGUGACUUCUUUGAAUCUCUUUGCAACAAAAUUUCCAUCAGUUUUACAAUAUAUUAAUAGUGCCAAACAGGAAUUUUGUAUACUUGAUACACCAGGACAACUUGAAGUCUUCACCUGGAGUGUAUCUGGUUCUAUAAUCACAGAAAGCUUAGCUUCAUCUUUUCCCACUGUUAUUUUAUAUGUUAUUGAUUCUGUAAGAAGCACUUCACCAGUCACCUUUAUGUCAAAUAUGUUAUAUGCAUGUUCAAUACUGUAUAAAACUCAAUUACCAUUCAUAGUUGUCAUCAACAAAAUUGAUAUUGUUGAUCAUAAAUAUGCACUUGACUGGAUGACUAAUUUUGAAGUAUUUCAUGAAGCCCUUGAAGCACAAGAAAGUAGUUAUAUUAGUAACUUAACUCAGUCUAUGGCACUAACAUUGGAUGAAUUCUAUGCCAAUUUGAAAGUUUGUGGUGUGUCUGCUGCAACAGGAGAAGGUUUUGACAAACUUUACACUUUGAUCAGGGAAGCCAAGGAAGAAUUUAACAGGGAUUACAAACCUGAGUGGAACAAAAGGAGGCAAGAACAAGAAGAGAAAAAGAACGCUAAGCCUGGAACUACAAAAGAUGCUUCCGUUAUGGAAGUUAGCGGAGGCAGGGAAAUAUCCGACGUAUUUUUAAGACCAGCACUUGAUGAUGAGAGUAGUUCUGAUUCAGAAGGUGAAGAAAUUGACUCAAAAGAAAUGGAUGAUCAAGAGGAGGUUAAAUCUUUCCAAAAGGUUCUUCAGCAACAAAAGGAAAUGCAAAUCAAGAGAAUGCAAGCCAGAGACCAAGCGGCAAAAAAAUCUUAAAUAAUGUAUUGUAAUAAUAAUAAUAAUAUUUACUGGCAUAUCUUUUUAUAAAACUUAUAAACUCAUUCUUUCCAUAAAA